CGCUGAGCUUCCGGGGUCUGUAGCUGGAGAGGAGGAAGAGAGGGAUCAGCUGAACUACAGAAGAAAUGAAAAUAUUUUCCUGAAAUUCAUCACCAACAACCAGGAUAUUUAACUAAGAGCAAAGUUAAACUGCUGAAAGAGGUGAAGCAGAAGCCUUCCUGAAGAAUCUCCAGAACACGCAGAAAUAGUUUGCUACAUUUAAAAGGCAAAUGAAGCAAAGUCCUGACAUGGAGAAACAUCAGCACUCUGCCAAGAGUUUUACUAAACAGAGUGAUAUCAAAAAACACCAGCGUAUUCACACAGGAGAAAAAACAUAUUUCUGCUCAGACUGUGGGAAGAGUUUUACUCAACAGAGUGAUCUCAAAAAACACCAGCGCAUUCACACAGGAGAGAAACCGUAUCACUGCUCAGACUGUGGGGGGAGUUUUAAUCAACAGAGUCAUCUCCAACGACACCAGCGCAUUCACACAGGAGAGAAACCGUAUCACUGCUCAGACUGUGGGAAGAUUUUUACUACCCAGAGUGAUCUCAAACAACAUCAGCGCAUUCACACAGGAGAGAAACAUUAUUACUGCUCAGACUGUGGGAAGAGCUUUAAUCGACUGGAGACUGUCAAACGGCAUCAGCGCAUUCACACAGGAGAGAAACCGCAUCACUGCUCGGACUGUGGGAAGAGUUUUACUCAACAGAGUCAUCUCAAAAUGCAUCAGCGCAUUCACACAGGAGAGAAACCGUAUUGCUGCUCAGACUGUGGAAAGAGUUUUAAUCUACAGAGUAAUCUCAAAAUACACCAGCGCAUUCACACAGGAGAGAAACCGUAUCACUGCUCAGACUGUGGAAAGAGUUUUAAUCUACAGAGUACUCUCAAAAUACACCAGCGCAUUCACACAGGAGAGAAACCGUAUUGCUGCUCAGACUGUGGGAAGAGUUUUACUGAACAGAGUAAUCUCAAAAUACACCAGCGCAUUCACACAGGAGAGAAACCGUAUCACUGCUCAGACUGUGGGAGGAGUUUUAAUCGACUGGAGACUGUCAAACGGCAUCAGCGCAUUCACACAGGAGAGAAACCGUAUUGCUGCUCAGACUGUGGAAAGAGUUUUAAUCUACAGAGUAAUCUCAAAAUACACCAGCGCAUUCACACAGGAGAGAAACCGUAUCACUGCUCAGACUGUGGGAGGAGUUUUAAUCGACUGGAGACUGUCAAACGGCAUCAGCGCAUUCACACAGGAGAGAAACCGUAUCACUGCUCAGACUGUGGGAAGAGUUUUACUACCCAGAGUGCUCUCAAAAUACACCAGCGCAUUCACACAGGAGAGAAACCGUAUUACUGCUCCGAUUGUGGGAAGAGUUUUACUGAACAGAGUGAUCUCAAAAAACACCAGCGCAUUCACACAGGAGAGAAAAAUGUCCCAAAUUUGUCCCAUGGCAAUUAAAAGCGCAAAUCAUAAAUUCCACCAGAAACAAAUAUGAACUGUAUUUAACAAUGGAUUUUACAGGUUCAGCAAAACUAUUCUUAUCCAGGGAUGAUGUGUAUAGAAUUCCAUGUUAUGUUUGUAUGUCUUGUAAA